AUGCUCUUCACCACAAUUCUUCUCGCAGGCCUUGCCUCUGCCGCCCCUGCCCUCUCUUCCCGCGAAGCCACCACCGGGCUUGAUCCGUGGGAAAUUACCAGCGUCUUUGCGGGCAGGCCCUCCGGUCGUCCUGGAAGUGGCACAAACAGCAGCCUCCGGAUCAACAUUAAACAGCCCAACACCAUCAAUGUUCGUCAAGCGCCUACUGGCCAAGCUGUACUCCCGCCUUUCGAGGCUUCCUGCACAUGGAGCUGGGUAGCCGCAGGGAAGAACUUCCCCGUCGGCGUGGAGACGCUCUGCAUACCUGGUUCGUAUGGUAACUUCACUAUGACGCUGUCUGGAACGAAUCAGGCCGACUUUACGGUGGCCAUCAAGGAAACAAGAGAGGUGAAUGUUCUGCAACAGCGUUUUGUGCGCAUUUUCGAUGGAGAUCAAGCUUUUAAAGUUGGCGACGGUCUCUGGAGGCAGAAUUGUGGCGGAAGUGGGGUCUGUUCGUGGCAGGUCGCGGCAGGAUCACUUCCGAUCGAGGUGCACCAGGAGUUGACAGAAAGUAUCGGAAGCUGUGAGGACACUGGAUCUUGCUAG